AAAAUCUUCUAGUUUCAGUUUACGUUGAUAAGGAGUCCAAAUUCUCGAAUCAGACAAUGAAUAUCGAUUAUGCCUUCGCAUUCAAUCAGUUUGUAAAAAAGCUUUACCCGAAUGCUGGUAAUUUUGAAGAGUUUAAUGCACAACCGAAUAAGGACAACCGCAUCCAAUAUUCUUUGAAUCUCACGAGCGAGAGUUUUCUGAAUCCCGAAUACAACAUUGAAAACAGCUACUACAGAAAUUUAAAGAUUAGCAUGAAUUAUAACAACAUCAACAUCUUAUUCAUCCUGGUUAAGGAUUACGAGCAUGUAUCUCAUAUAGAGCUUUUGACGGAUGUUACUAUCACCAUCGAUCCGAUCAAUGAUUUAUUAUUUAGAUACCAAUCGGAUAAGAUUCAAGAAUUUAGAACUAUCCUUCGAAGAUAUAAUCCACAAAAUAUUCUUAAAGUUUGUGAAAAGGACAGCGUUGUUACCAUUUACAAUAAAAAAUCUUUAAACUUUUAUUGCAAGCAACACCUUGAUGUAAAGAAUAUCAAGGUCCAAAAGAGGAUGAUUGAUAUCAGGAAAUAUCAGAUCAAGUUAACACAGGAGGAAAUCGACAAGUUAAUGUUUAAAUAUUUGAAUAAAGCUGUAAACGCAAGUGUUAAUCCAAAAAAAUUUUCAACGUUACAUUUAAGAAGAUAA